AUGGCCAUGCACGACUCGCGCAACGGCUUAUACCUCUCCCAUGUCCCCAACCUUUCUUCAACCAGAACUACCACCAUGUUGUCUUCCUUACGGUUAGCUGCGCGUUCCAGAGGUUUUGCAACCCAUUCCACCGUCCAGGGAUUCAAUGGCGCGGUAGGCAACACACCUCUUAUCUAUCUCAAAGGGCUGUCUGAGAAGACUGGUGCCCAUAUCUAUGGCAAGGCCGAGUUUCAGAACCCCGGUGGAAGCGUCAAGGAUCGAGCAGCCCUCGGCCUCGUCCAGGACGCUGAAGAGCAGGGCUUGAUCAAACCGGGAGGAACUAUCGUCGAAGGGACCGCUGGAAACACCGGCAUCGGUCUUGCGCACGUCUGCAGAGCAAAAGGCUACAAGUGUGUGAUCUACAUGCCCAACACACAGAGCCAGGAAAAGAUUGACCUUCUCCGCAUGCUCGGUGCAGACGUCCGACCCGUACCUGCAGUCGCUUUCGAGAACCCUCUCAACUACAACCACCAAGCUCGUGAAUUCGCAGAGAGCAUCGAAAACGCGAUUUGGACGAACCAGUUUGACAAUACCGCGAACGCCAAAGCGCACUACCUCACGACAGGUCCGGAAAUCUGGGAGCAGACCCAAGGACGCGUCGACGGGUUCAUAUGUGCGACGGGCACUGGCGGCACCCUAGCUGGGGUCGGGAAGUACCUGAAGGAGAAGAGCGACGGCAGGGCACAGAUCUGGCUUGCGGAUCCCCCCGGCAGUGUGCUUACAAGCUAUGUCACGAGCGGUGGGAAGCUCAUCGAGAGAAGCGGUAGCUCUAUCACAGAAGGUAUUGGUCAAGGUCGUAUUACGGAUAACCUUGCAACAUUCAUCAAUGACAUCUCUGGAGCGUUUACCGUACCAGACGAAAAGUCGAUAGCUACACUAUACGAGCUGCUGGACACAGAGGGUCUAUACCUUGGGGCUAGCACAGCCCUCAAUGUCGUUGCCGCGGUCGAACUUGCUCAGAAGUUGGGUCGGGGGUCGAGGGUCGUUACCAUCCUUUGUGACGGUGCCUAUCGUUAUCAGAGCAGACUCUUCUCGAAGAAGUGGCUGGAAAGCAAGGGUCUCGAGGAUGCUAUCCCAUCUCAUCUCAAAAAGUACGCCGUCUUAGAUUAA